UGGAUGAGGCGAUGUGUUUUUCUACUGCUGAAUAAAAAAAAAAGGGAAAGCGCUUGGCAUUGGAAACGCUUUGUCAUGUUUCCCACUCACCUUAUAUUUGCGGGACAGCAAUCAUUAAGCACAUUUAGUUUGUGACAUUUUGUCCUCUCGCGCCUGUUUGAAGAGUAACCGGAUGCUGUUUUGAAAUCUCGAGCUCGAUCGCUCAAACAAACACGCUCGCGCUUGUCUUGUCGAGCUCCUGUCUCUGCCCACCGUAGACCUUUUUGUUUUUGUCUUUUUUGUGAUAAUGGCUGUUAAUAAAACUUACAUUAGUAUCGGCUAUGCCUCCUUCGGGAUGCUCAUGGGCUUCUCUGCUUUCCUGAUGUGGAACAUCGUGUUCAAGCAGCCGUGGACUGCAGCCAUGGGAGGACUGUCAGGUGUGCUGGCGCUGUGGACCCUGAUCACCCAUGUCAUGUACCUGCAGGACUACUGGAGGACCUGGCUAAAGGGCCUCAAGUUCUUCCUCUUCAUGGGGGUUUUCUUCUCUGUCUUGGCAGUCAUUGCCUUCAUCACUUUCCUUUCUGUUGCCAUCCACAACAAUGAGUCUCUGACUAACCCCAGCAGCCUCUACCUUUCCUGUGUGUGGAGCUUCAUGAGUUUAAAGUGGUCGUUCCUGCUUGCUUUGAGUGCCCACCGCUACCGCAAAGAGUUUGCAGAUAUCAGCAUCCUCAGUGACUUUUGAGAACACUUAAACCCCCUGCAUCAUGUAAGUACUCAGACUUUGGAGUACACCUAGUGCUGGUCUCCCUGGAAGAAGUGAUAAUGGACAUUUUAAGAGGAAACAGAGAAGAUGGUGAAAUACUUUAAGUGUGGAUGAACACCUUGAUCUUUGGCCAGCACAGUCCCUAAACCUCCUCUUGUGUUUUUUAUGAGUGCAGUUUGUUGUUGACUGUGCCGCUUUACAGACAGUCCUGUUUUAUAUGAUCCAUGAUAAAUUAGACUUUUCACUAUCCUACAGCCUUUUCAGUGAUUUAUCCGCACUAUUUUCUCAUGACAAGCUUCGCUUUUUGCUCAUGACUCAUUGAAGGGAACUCCUGGGUUACAACACUCCUCAGUGUUUUUUUUAUGAACUGCAGUUUCAUGUUGCAGCCACUAGAGGGUGUCAUUGUCCUUACAAUAAACACCAUGUAAAUUACCUAUGCUUCAUAUUUACAUCUACUCAAUGCAUUAAGUUUUCUCAUCAGAAAGACAAAGGCACUUUUUCUACACCCUUUAGUCACGUGUGUGCUGAAGUGAUGGGUCCAUCAGCAUUUUAUUGUUGCUGUAGUGUGUCGGGGUCUUGCAGAAGAGCAGGUCGAACACAAAUCCUGCAGCAUCAACGUGAAUCCUUUUCAUGUGCAAGUCCAAAUAAGAACCACAUGUUAUGGUUUGGUGUAUUUUAGAACUCAAAGCGGGCAUUUUUAACCUAAGGAAUGAUUUUUAUAUUGUUUUUAUGUGUGUGACAUAAAAACCCAAGUGAAGUGUGAGGUAGAGCCUCACUUAUGGCUUUGGUUCACAAUACUAGUGAUGCCACGUACGUUUAUGCAUGUUGCUUUAUGUUUUAUGUCCUCAUAUGAAUUUGACUUUCAUCUAUGUUGUUGCUUAAUGAGAUUAUUUGCCAUAUUUUCUUUGACUUUGUCAGAAAUUAAGAUGAAGCAUUGUGUAUCCAUGUGUAUCAUUUGAUUGAAUGUAGGAGUGUGUGUUUGUAUACCAGUGUGUCUGAGAAUCACAUAAAUAAAGAUGUUUUUUGAA